CGUUCGGUGCUGAAGUGGGGCGGAUGGCAGGAAAAACGGCGAUGGACUUUACUCCGCGGGAUUCCCGUUUGCGAUGUCGCUGAACGGACACCGGGACGUCGCGUUAUCGCUCCCGUCGCCCUCGGACACUGACAGCCCGGCGCGAAGCGAUGCUGUACUUUAAUUGCUCCCUCUACUCCCAAGUCCAUAAAUGACCCGUUCACCGACACCCGAGGACGCCUAGGAGGCGACGUCGAGCGACAAAACUAACGUAGGCGGGUGAAAUAAGGAAACAAGGAGAGGAAGUUCUCACGCCUGGCCUCAGCUUUCGUGUCCGUGGCCGUCGGUCAGGGAUGGUGAGGCCACUAACUUCUCUUCUCUGUGGUGAAAAGAACCUCCCUGCUUUGCCCCGAACCUGCAGCGAGCCAAACGGCCAGUGUGUCGGCCGAACCGACGCCCAGACAGUCCACCGCCCAGUGGCUCCGUCAACCGGCCUGCCAUCGUCCAGCAACCUAUUACCUCACGCCAUGAUUGCUCUGUCUGACCUGUUUUUAGAAACUCAGUAAUUCAUGGUAAGUUGGACCUCUGUCUGGUUUCAUUCUAACUGAUAACAGUGUCCGAAGGGAAGGAGAUAUAAUAUCUCCAAGUUCGUGGUAACUGACCCAAGUAGAAGUAAAAGAAAGUUCUAUAAAGAGAUGGUAUAUGUUUUCCUCAAUGAAGUGUUAAUAUACUUAUUUAUCAGUUCCUGUAUACUUGUAGUAAAGCCACUGCUACAUUGCACUCUACUGAUGGUUGUCAGAUUCUAUGAAAGUGAAAAGAAGUCAUCGACUUCGCGAACCAACUCGUAAUAUUAUAAAUAAUAAGGUUUCAGUAUUGAAGAACAUAGUUGUAAUAUUAUGAUAAAUAACAUAAUUUUUUGGGCUUAGUGUCAUUUUAAAGGUGGAAUAUCAGAAGAUAAGCUGUCGUCUGCGAGCGUCUCAUUAAUUUACGCUUUAGUAUGUGGUGCUAACACUCAGUUGUAACAUCUAAAGUUCCAAAAACUUUUGAAAAGAUUGUUUUUCACCUUAAAAAUUACAAAAAUAUGAUAAAAAAGUAUGAAUAAGUUACAAAUUUACAGUGGUAAUUCCAGGAAGAGCUGCUGGAGAAGGGUUUACAUAGUUUUCUGUUGCUUUUCCACUUUGACUUUCUAAGUUUAAAAAAUAGAAUCACACCACAGCGGAGGAUAUUUGUACCACAGUGGGUCCAUCUUCUAUUUAGGUGCGUCCUAUUUGCUGGGAUCAUCCUGGCGCUCGGUUGAUCUUCAUCGAAUGCCGUUGAUCAGAAGUGAUAAGUCCGGCUCACAGCUGCAAACCCGCAGUAUGUGAAGCCUCGCAGUAAAGACACCAGAGCUUUAUGUGUUGAAGGGUUUAACACUAGAGAGCCAUGGUGUGUUCUCACAGUGGACAUCUUAUGAAUUAUUCACACUCCGUCCACAAUAAAGAAAAAUUAAUACAUUAUGGCUCUGUAAUAUCUAUAUAACAUUUUAAGGACACUUUAAGUAGUAUAUUGCUCAAGUUCCUCCAGUUCUUCCACCAUUUUCACUACCUUGGGAAAAUUACAGAUUGCCAGAAGCACUGUCCUCUCUCUGAUUUUAGUUGUGCAGCAGCAGACACACGUUUCCUUUGUGCUGUGAAAGUUGCAUAUUUGAAAGGCUGUUUUCAGACAUGAACUCCGGAGAAUGUCGGCACACUGGGCUCCAGAUUUAGAGUUUGCCUUUCACUGCUGCACAAUUCAGCAGGAGAUUCUACCGUGAGACGCAUUCACAGCAAUGCAAAUCCUCCAGAGCCUUUAGAAGAGGGGUGGCACGGCAUGAGGCGGCAGAAUGUGACGUAUUUAUUUCCAUUGCGGAGAUCAUGUGUUCUUGUUUACAUCACAUAGACGUCGGCCCUUAUCGUCAAAAGCUCUCGAUUCUCGUCUUUCCACGUUUGUGGUGAAUCCUCCGGAGAAGCCCAUGCUGUAUUCUCACAUGGGCUCAUUCGCACAUUAUCCGGAGUUUGCACUAGAAGGUUAGCAGGAGAAACUCUGUAGAAAGUCCGGAGCGUCCGAUUCGGCCAUUUGCUUUCUCCCGUACAGCCCCUUUGCAGAAUGUCAGGAGAUUAUGCAGAGUUCAGUGCAUGUCUGAAAUCAGCUAAAGUGAGUUUAUAGGGAACCAGUCUAAAUGCAGAUGGUGUCAUCAUUCCUCGGGGAUUGCUUUGUGGAAAGGACAUUUACUUUAACAGACUCAUACGGCCCAUUCGUCGGGGAAUAACCUGUUCCCCACUGAAUGAUACGGUGUGCUGCGUUUUGGAAGUUAACAUUUUUGCCUCAUAACGAAAUUUACAUUAUAUCUAAACUAAUAAAAGUAGAAAAUGGUUACGGGAAAACUCGCUGCUCAUAUUACAGAUCCUAUCUCUCUCUAUUGUUCCUUCCCACUCCUCUCAUUGCAUUUGUAUUUCCACUCGGUAUUUGCAUGAUGUGGUCAAUGCGGCGUCCCUCUCUGGGUUCGGAAACAAAGCCGGACCCUUGCCGUCGUUUGCAUCUCGCUGCCUGCUCUUUCCACUGGCGCUGAAUAACUGAUGGCCACUCCACCGGUCCGGCAAAAACAUUUGCAUAUUACGCAGGCCGUCUGUCAGCCUCACCUGCAAUGUAUCAUCAUAGCAGUAAAACUGUCUGCAUGCAGAGCAGGAAGCAGCCAGAGAGACGAGAGCCGGCUCAUCUGUUGGCUGUGCAGCGCGGUUGUUCGGAUUUCUUUUGAGUGUUUAAUGAGGAGUUUAAUUUGAACCAUGAUGUUGCAGAGAAUCCCUCAGCGAAAGAGAGAUUAUCUGCCCAGUGUUGAUUGGAGGAGCUCAUUGAGCAGACCAACUGGUUGUGACAUGACAUCCUCUUCUCCGCCAAUCUUUGUCGUGUCCAAGAAUCCCCGAAGUGUGAGCGGAGUGGAGAUGAGAAAAAGGCAGGCGGCUCACAUCGAGGCCCCCCCACAGGCCCCUGGACAGCCCCGACCCAACACCUGCUGCCUCUGCUGGUGCGGCUGCUGCAAGUGUCUCUGGAAUGACGACAGGCUGGAGAGGAGUGAGCGACAGACCUGCACCAAGAUGGACAGUAUUGAAGCUGAAGAUGAUCAAUGCCCCAGUCUCGAGGAGCUGCUGUCGUGGGCCCGGAGCUUCGAGAUGAUGCUGCGCUCGUUGGAGGGCCGGGAGGUCUUCCAGGAGUUCCUGCGCUCGGAGUACAGCGAGGACAACCUGCUCUUCUGGUUGGCCUGUGAGGAGCUGAAGAAGGAGACCAAUCCCACCGUGGUGGAUGAGAAGGCCAGGAUUAUCUACGAAGACUACGUGUCCAUAUUAUCGCCCAAAGAGGUGAGUCUGGACUCCCGGGUCAGAGAAGGAAUAAACCAGAGUCUGGCUGAGCCCAGCAACCUGAUCUACGAGGAGGCCCAGCUCCAGAUCUACACCCUGAUGCACCGCGACUCCUUUCCCCGUUUCCUCAACUCCUCCGUUUACAGAGACCUCCUGGCCAACAGGAGGCGCACCUGCCUCGACCCCUAGACCCCCUUCACUCCUCCCUCAUUGCCAUCGUACACCAACGAGACUACUACUUAAACUUCAAAUACUACUAUGGUGCCAGAAGUCGGGUUUGGAAAAAAAUCUCUCCCUUUUUUGAUUGAAAAGACUGAAUGACGUCCAAGAUAGCUGGUUGUGUGUUUUUUUUUUUUUAUUUAUAUUUUUUAAGCAAUUUAAAUCCAGUUCCUCACUGGAGCCAGGUCGGCCUUUGCUGGUUGGUUAUUGGUCGAAUUCAAGACCUUUAAAUCUGGCCAGUGAUUGUUUCGCUCGCAGUUUGUGCUGUUGGUUUCGGUUGACGGUGGCCGACCCACGUGGGUCGAACCGGCCGACCCGUUGGCCAGCCGUCGCUCACCUGUGGACGAGGACUCCUCAGGCGGCGGGGACAGAAAAAGAGAGAGAGAGAGAGAGAGAUGAAAAAAAGGACAAGCCAACUGUUCCUGUACUGUAAUAUUUAGACCUCAUGCUUUCUACCCUCACUUCUAAAGUUCUCUCUCUUUCCUCAUUCUCUUUCAUGUUUUUAUUGUGUUCUUUCUAACUCUGUCCCAUUCCUCAGUAAUUGUUUGAUUUUGUCUUGUUUUUGAUUUUUUUUUUCUUCUGUGAUAUCCAAACACGACACCUAGUUGUUGGUGGGAGCUGGAGAGUCUGAGUUUUCUGCCCAUUUAACCAGUAGAAGCACUGGCUCUGCAUGUGACUCUCUCUCUCUCGACAGUAGCUUGACGAUGUAAGCCGCGGACUGCAACUGUUUUUGAAUAUUGAGAUGUAUUAAGACGGGGACCUGUCUCUGUCUGGUUGUUUUUGUUCAGUGAAGGGAAGUACACUUCUGCCCAUGUUGAGCUUACUGCCGUUUCAUUGAUGAGGAGAUUUAAUGGCUUCUGCGGCAGAGGCAGUGGCAAAAGCACCUACCCACCCAUCCACCCAUCCACCCAUCCAUCUAUCCAUCCACCCAUCCAUCCAUCCACCCAUACAUCCAUUUAGCCGUCCGUCCAGGCACUUUCCUUCUUUAGGAUUCUUUAACUGGGAGAAGUAAGGGCUAGAAUUGUGGUUGGGCAGCUACAUGUGUUGUUACUACUCAUGAACUUUAGACAAAAAAAAUAAUCUCUUCACUGAGAAAAUCACAAUGCCUUUUACAUGUGAGGAAAAAGGCAGCACAGGCGCUGCUGGAGUUUUGCUGGGAAGCAACCACAGUUUGUCCAACGAUCCCUACCUCCCAUCCGGUUUUUCACUCCCCCCUUCCCUCCCUCCAACUCAGACCAUCACAGCCUGACAAGCACAGGUGCCCACUGUGGGGGGGGUGGGAACCCCCCCCCCACCACUGGAUAACAUAAAAAGACCCCAACAUUGACUCCAAAAAGUCAUUUGCAUUUUGAAAUUCACGAGCAGAAGAGAAGGGUUUUACUCUUUAGUGUUUGACCUGGAUUUGAGUAUUUGCAGCAGGCACCGAUGUGAUUUAAAAAAAAGGGUCCUCGAGCCCCGACCUUUGUCUGUAAGGCUCUAGCUUCAGAAGCCUGCGGUAAUAUGACAGUCGUCAAAGUUGAACGUCCAAUAUCUCAGAGCAGAUUCGAGAACCAGGUGCCAAACAAGAUGUCAGAGAUGCUGUGAGGAGACAUCAGGUGUGACAGGCUGUUCGGGUCUGAUUGUCCAGCACAUGGAGUGAAUGGUUCUCCUUCAGUUAGCUGCUGCCCAUGUAGAACACUUCUGAUUAGUUUGUUUUUUACCAGAGCUAAUGAAAAAGGUCGGCGUAACAAUGCUAACAUGCUAGCCUUUUAGUCUUCAGAAGGCUAACUAGGUGUCAGCAUGCUGUAGGCAAGCAGUUAGCAUGCUUGUGCUAGCCAUGCUAAUCGUCCAUCUCACUGCCAGCCCUCACACACACACUCCGGUUUGUCACUUCUAAUCCGACUUUGACAGCAUGCGAUGAUAACAGCUAAUGUGUGUGUGUGUGUGUGUGUGUGUAUGGAAAAGUUACACACUUAACAGGAAAAAUAAAAUAGAAAAAAAAACUUUAAGCGGGUCUUGCCAAAUGCCCCAUUAACAUUUUAAUUCUACAAAAGGACAUUUCGUUUUUUGACGAUGUGAACAUUUGAACAUGAACUUUGUUUCUGGCUUGUGGACGUGCAGUAGAAAGUGCAUGAGUGCAGUGUGUGCUAUUUUUUUGAAAAUUAACCGGGGCCUCCAAGUGUUCUCUUCACGCCACGCGAUGGAUAACCGUCUCGGUUCAGUGGUUAGUGCAGUCUUAAUAAAGUGUCAAUUGAACAGUGCCACUCCUCACUGAUAAAUGUAGGCAUCCAUGUUGCCACCACCUGUAACUACCUGAAGUUCACGUGCCAAGUUUGAUCUAAAUUCAAUUCAACAGUAGACAACAGGAUGUCGAUUGAAGACGGUUGAAGUGCAAUUGGAUGUUUAGUAGUUUAACGAUAAUAGAUCAUUGUCUAUUUGAAGCUGUGUCCUUCUAUGUUAGAUUGGUUUUGAAUCAUCUAAUAAAUUUCUACCGUUAACAGCUUUUUCUGUAUCCUGAUAGUGGGAAAAGCUUUAAUUCCACCGACCGAGUAAUCCAAAAUGUUUCUGCCUUUAGUUAGCAGAAACAUAUAACUCACUUUAAAAGUUUAGAGUCAAUGGAUUUAUGGGAAUUUGAGUUUUCCUCUAUUUAUUCUCAUACUCAUGUUAUUGAUGAAACUGCCAGUUCAAAACCAAGCUAACAUAUUUACAAAAUAAAAAAAAAGUGUCAAAUUGACACUGUAAAGUCAAGAAGUCUAAACCAACUUAACAGUUUUUGUGAUGUUCUUUAUUGAAAAUAUAAAAUAUUUAACCUUUGGCAAUACUCACAUUUCACUCUACAUUAAUAUCCACAAGGGCUCGAUUGAAACUGCUUAGCUGCUUUACUGAUGAGCCGUGCAUGCAUGCGCCCAGUUGAUCGGAAGCAGAGGAAGAAAGACUCGAUAACCGGAUCUGAAUCGAAAAGGUUUAAAUUCUACAUUUAGUCCCUGGAGCAAGUUUUAAUCUCCAGGAAACAUUGAGAUCAUAUUAGAUGGUUUGUAAUUUGGAUUUCUGAGUCGGUAGAAAGCGCAGACAGAUUUCUCCUCUGCACAGUUCAGCCAUGUUUUCUUGUCGCUGAGUCUACACAGUGAUUCACAUGAGAAUGUUCCACCAAGAACCAGAUAAUGAACUCAUGGUGCAAUUAAACCAAGUUUACAUUUAUAAAUUGUGAGAUGUGUGUACCUUAAUAAAAUACUCAUAACAGCGGUGGGAGCUAAGUGUCCAGCAGGGCGGUCAGCAGGUCUCAGGCGGACACCGUCCCUGCCCAGUGCGAACGGACAUGUCCACGAGAACCUUGAGAGUUUUUAGAGGGAGGACGGAGGCAGCAGGACACCCAGCGUCCCUGCUCACGUCCGUCCCUCUUAAUUUAUUGUGACUUUUACACGGUCGGGGGGGCGGGGGGAGGGAGAAGUCCACGGUUGUUUAUUUUUAAUAACUGAAUUUCAAAUGUGGAUUUUACAAGCAAUGAUGAUGAUGUGAAGUGAUGUGUCAUCGCUGGGUUUCAGAGUUUUGUCUUUUCCACGGGUUCCAAUCGAGUGGGGAUUUUUGGAAACGUGGGUUUUGUUGACUUAAAAAAACAAAAACAAAAUAAUAAGUUUGAGAGCUGAAGUGUCCGGAUGGGAUUGAAGAGGUUGGCGAAGCUUUGGCCUUACUGACACGUUUUUAUUUUUUUCCUUUGUAUAAAAAAAACAAAAAAAACAACAAACGUCUCUGUAGGCUUUUCACUACCUCUCAUGUUGGUUAAUUUAUUUCACAUCUAGUUGUCAAUGUACAAGUUGUUUUUACAUCUACUUGAAGCCUAACACUGUAAACAAAAAUGUGCACAGAAAAAUGACUAUGUAUAUGACCGGGGGGGUUAAAGAGAGCGUGGCCUAGUCAACGUUAUUGUUUUUUGGUUUUGUAUGUAUGUUUGUUUUCAAUUGUGUUGAGCUGAAAUAGAUUUUGCAUCUCUAUAAAGUAUUCAGGAAUCCACUGUCUAAGGGCUAAUCCCAUUUUUGCCUAUGCAAAUCUGUUACUGUGGGUGGGCUGGGAAAAGGGCGAGCUACCGCACCAUCACCUGUUUUAGAUGGACCAUGGUUUACAUUGCCCUUUGCUGAUAUUCUUCAAUCUUACUCAGCAAAAAUGUACGCUUAUUUUUGUUUCUAUAUAAAUAUUAUAUAAAUAUAUAUAUAUAAAACAAGUAAUAUACAGAGAAAAUAGUAUAUGCCUUCGUGAUGAUAAAAAAAAAAAAGAAACCUUGCUGAAUACAAAUAAAUGUGUUGUUGUCUGACAUAAUGUGGCUGUGUGCUGGAGUCUUGGUGAGAUGAUGUAGAUGAGUGAAAGGUCGAGGAGCCGAGUAGCUGAUCCUGUGCGGUGUCUCCUCGCUGAGCGGUGAAAGACUUUAUUUAUUCAAGGAGCAAAACACUUCAUGACUGUCUGUGACAAACGUUGUUAUCCAGCCCCACAGCCUGUGGUCUCAAUAAGGUGUUUCCGGGUCACCCAGUACUUUGUCCAUGUCAUUUCUCACUUUAACAUCGUGGUCAUUUAAAAAGCAAGACGAUGUAACUCCUGCUAAAGGAAGCUGGUGACCGAGACCGAACCGGACCGGCUGCAACGCAACAACCACCGAGUGUAACGACUAUUUUACCGCUCGUGAUUUUCCUCUGUAAGAGUUCUGGACUCUGUUGUUUCCUUAUGCAAAAGUUACAUGGUCUUACUUUGAAGGGCUGAGUCGAGCAAACCUGGAAACAAGCAGAGAUAUUAUUUGGUAUCUGCCUUUGAGAUGUGCACUGUCCAUAGUUAUCUUUUUAUAACAAGUUAUUCAUUAAUAAAGAAAUUCCACUUACCAUGAAAUAAUUAACUUUUUUGUUUAUUUUUUUUCCAUGGUUAUGUUUUUGUCACCGGACACUGCACAGCUGUCGUGAACUUUAAAAUAAGAAACGGACGGAAGCAUGUCAUCAGCAAACAGCAGCAGCUUUGUUCCCUGUUCUUCUUCUUCUGGUGUUUGUAGCCACGUCCAGACUAUCACUGUGUGAAUACAGUAGCGUUGAGGCCCAACACAUCAGCAGAAGUGGGGGUUUCAUGUUUUAUUUUGUAUUAAAUAUUCCAUAAAUGCCAAAUGUAAGAAGAGUCAAACAGUUGCUAGAGGACCGGUCAUUCAGCUAUUUUUUUAUAUUCAUUAUUUUUACAGAAAACUUAGCUCCUGAACUGAAGAAGCAAGAGCACGAGAGUUGACGUCUUACAUAUUUUUCCCACAAUCCUUCACAGCGUAUAUAUAUAUAUAUAACGUGGACAAGGGCAGACGGGUUGAUCCACUGACGUUGGUUUGAAGCUCGACCUGAGUUUGUGUGUUGGGUCGAUGCCUCUUUAAGCUUCACAUCAGACCUCAAUUUCUCUUUUUCUGUCUCACUUUCUCUCUCUCUCUCUCUCUCUCUCUCUCUCUCUCUCUCUCUCUCUCUCUCUCUCUCUCGGGCUCUCACUUCCUCCGUCUGGAACAUCACACUCGCGACAGUGUUAAUUUAAGUUGGAGCAGGGACGCCCCCACUUUACAGCAAAAAUCGCACUGAUGCUCGAACCGACGCCCUCGUACCGUCUCUCUUUUUCUACCUCUCCACUGGAGGUGUUUGUGCUACUUUGGGAAAGAGGUCAUGUUUGAGCAGGUACUGGUUGAAGUCGGCUUUCAACAGUUCUUUUAGGCAAUCAACUUUCUCUUUAUUGAUUUCGAUGCCUAAGCCUCUUCGGUUGUGUCACGCCUUUGUAGAUAGAUCACAGAGUCAUUGAGAGAUGAACCGCAGGUGAAAAUAAAAAUAAAUUUUACUGUCACUUUAGGCAACACAAAAAAAAAGGUGACAUUCUUUUCUAUUCAGCAUGCUUUUUGCUAAAUAAAUGAAAUAAUUCAGUUAUUUGCUAUAAACGAUACUGUAUGAGUAUGUAUUCAAGUACUGCAGUAUGCAGACUAUUAAAAAUAUCAGAAACUCUUUUGAGAGGUUCAUAUUUUUCUUCUAGUACGUUUCACUAAUAUUGAAGGUUCUGGGUACUUCUUGUUUUGAGUGUCUCAUGUUUUAUCAGAAGGACUGAAGGACCCUCUUUGUAUUUACAAAUGUAGAUGGUUGGUAAUUUCCACAUGCAUGAAUUGCAGAGCAACUUUUAUCAGGACAGUUCUAGUGCGGUGAGCUUUUUCUUCAAGGAUUUUGUCUAGUUCAGCUUUUUACUAUUUCUCACUAGCUGCUAAACAAACUUGUUGGACGAGGGCUGAGAAACCGACUUUUAUUUCCAUCAUGGCAGGUUUAAUUUCCCCCUAGUGGACACUAAUGGUCCAAAGGCGUCGUUGGGGGACAUUGACUCCUCUCGCAGAACCUUAUGUUGAAAUAUAAGGCAGAUGUGACUUCUAAGUGUUCAGGUUUAAGACGCUGAGAUUGGAAGAUUAAAACUCCUGUGCGACUUCCUCAGGGCCGAGCUAUCCGCUAGGAUCUGAGCACCCUUUAUCCUGACUUUGAAUUUUAUCAAAGAAAACGGAUUGUCGGUCCUUGUGUCCAAACCUCCCAAGGACGCAGGAAUUCUCUUAAUUGUAGCAUUGAAAGACUUUUUAUUAUCUCAUCAGUCCAACCUUGAUGAAGCGCCAUCCCGUGUUGUAGCGUAGCAUGGUGGGGGGGGGCUCAUCUGGCCUCGUCUUACAGGGCUGUGAAUUCUGUACUUCAAGACAGAGCCGAUACCAAGUUAACACAACUGAGCCAAUGGGAAUUUGUGCGUUUUGUGAGAAACAUUUAGUUGUAUUGGCAAUUCUCUGCAUGAGACCACGAAACAGAUGUGACUUAUCGUUUUCCCCGAGGACAGUAGAAUUCAAGAUCACAGAAGUGAUUGUGUAGUUUUAGAAAAAGUAAACUCGUUUCCGUGGAUAAAGUUACACAAGCUGUGUGAUACUGUGGUUUGGUUGAGGAGGAGAAGAGUUUGACGUUUUUUUGGAAAACACUUUCACUUUUGUUCGAUGCUGCUCUCAUAUCUGUAUUAUAUGACGCUAGGACCAGCGAACUCAGACUAGCUAUCCUGUCAUAGUCCACCUUUAAAGCCAAUUUAUUUAAUCCUGUUAAAUGCAUAUACAAAUAAAAACGUGUUCAAAAACAAUGUAAAAGCAACAAAUUUGUGUUUUUGAUGUGGGAUCAGACUUUCUAACCGUCUGCUUUAGCUCCAGCUUCAUGAAUCAUAGAGGUGGUGUUGAUUCUAAGUGAAUGAACGUAUUUGCAAAAUGUCUAUUCCUUCAAAAACAUUUAAAAAUAAUAAUUGAGCUGAAUACAAUUUUAACAACACAAAGAAAGAGGCUUGUGUUUACCUGACACAGUGAUCAAUGCAACUGUCGGUGGAUCUAAUGUGCCAAAAAUGAUAAUCAAUGUGAAAGGGGGGGGGUCAGAGGAAUUGUUGGAAUAUAAGAUCACAUGUUCUGAAAAUGUUCCUCAUGAAACACAUUUUUUUAUUUUUCAUGUCACGUUGUUGCUGUUGACGUUUAUGUGAUUUCUCUGAAUCGACCAC